AUGCAGGAAAAUGACAAUCUGUAUCUUGCCUACAAGCGGAAUACGAGGUACCUGGUUCAAUGGAUUGUUUGCAACUACAACGAGAUCCUGCGAUCCCCAACUGCCGAGGAACAGCAACAGACUCAAGCCAAGCCAAUGCUCAGUGGUCAAGUGACAGUCAAAGAGCUUGUGGCCAUGGCCACACGCAUCGGUGCUCGGAAGACAGCUGUACCGCCAUCCAUCUUCAAGUGCAUACGGUCUGUUAUCGACGCACGAACACUGGUUGCGGAAACCUACAAGAUGAUGGGUAGCCCUGACGAUGAUCGAAACGAGGAGGUGGAGGAGUCGAAUGCCUCACAUGCGUUCUUCAUUCAGACACUUUCUAAUAUUUUUUCCAUCCUCGGCGGUGAUGAGCGGCACGAAUCUCUUCCUGCCACCGAUAACGACCAAGAGGCAGAGAACUCCAGCGAGGAGGAAGAGACUGCUGCAAAAGAUAAAAAGACCCAGCAGCGGAAAAACAGAAAGACUGGCGCGAGGGGCAAGAAAGGCCAGAAGAAGAACAAGGAAGACAAGGUUGCAGAGCAAGACAGGUCGCGGCCCCUGAAGGACUACAAGUUGAUCGAGCUCAACGACAAGGGCGAACCACCUGGAUACAUGCUGGCCGCCCUGCAGCUGUUCAGAGACUGGACGGAGCUAAGAAAAACACUCGGAGCCAGCUGGCAGGCUGUUGCACAAAACGGCUUAAACAUUGCCGCCGUCGGCGCUUCGUGCCACUUGGCCACGGCCCUGAUCAAGCAGGGCGAGCUGGCCAUCUUUGUGGACUUUCCAGGUUUGGAAACCUUUCAGAACAUACUCGCUACCAUCACGAGGGCGAUUCGAGCCAGCCCUGCCAUUUGGAUAUCGCCAUCGCUCGCACGUCGGACCGCCGACAAAAGGUCCAUGGGCACUGAAAAAGAGUUGGUCGAUACCAGGGAGCAGUUCAUGGCCAACGUCUACGACCACCUGGUCGACUUCCUUGCCGACUACCGACAUACCCGAAGCGGAAAGCCAUCAAAGGGGAUGGCGGCCCAGCUCAGGGGCUGGAACCCCGAGCUGGACCUGGGACAGGCAACGCCGGAGGAGCGGUUCACUUGGCGGCGCUGCUACACCAUCAACUGGCUAUACGACCUCGUCAACUUUUUCUCAUCCGUCGUUGUCGAGCACCACCUUGGCAAGACAGGCAAGGACAAGUCCAAGCUUGCGUUGGAGCAGGUGGACUGGCUGGGCACUGGCCCGUGGUUUGAGAACCGCAAGCUCUUUGGCCUGAUCGGGCUCGGAGGCAGCAUCACCAAGCUCGCCAUGCAAAAGCCCGGAGCCGCACUGCACAAGGCCAUCGCACCAUCCCUGGUAUUCCAGCUGCAGUGCCUGGUCGACUCCUUGAUGGCAUCGCGCGGCGUCAUCUACCACCCCUUCCGGGGCGCAAUCAUCCGCGAGCCGAAUCCCGACUUUCGCCCCCAGCGGGACAUUGAAGCGUUCCUCGACCGGGACGACAAGGGCAGAGGCAGAGGCUAUCUGCACACAGUCACAGACCUGCACAUAAACGCGGAUCGGUGCAACCACAACAUCGACAAGCUGGACGCUUUUGCCGUCAGCUUCAGGGACUGGCUGGGGCGGUGCCCGUUCGACUACGCCGGAGCCGGCCUGCCCCAGUCUCGCUGCGCCGCCGACGGGAGCUACGACGCCCUGUGGGACCUGUCCCCGUACCUCUGCGGGGCCGGCCUGCUGGAGGCGCUGGACCUGGCCCAGUGCCACUUUUUCGCCUUUUGGGACGGCAACAUCCGGCACGCCAUGCUGAUGCAUCUGUACAACAUGCUCAAGAACAGCGGCGGCAUGCUGGAGCCCGUCCCGGUCCUCGACUACCUGAUCAAGAGCCUGGGCCAGGUCUUUUUCGACGGCCCCGUCCCCUCCUCGGACUUCCAGCUCCACUUUGAAAGACUCGCGGCCCGGUACAACAGCCCGGCCAGGAUGGCGAGGCGGAACAGGGCGCUCCGCGAAGCCAACCGCCGAGAGGACCUCGAGGCCUACCUGCACCCGGGCAACAACAUCAUCCUCAACAAGGCCGGGCUGGUCGCGUGCUUCCGUGCCGCGGGCUGGGACGUCGAAAAGAUCUCCGAGGCGGACCUUGCCUGCGGCGGCGUGGGCCAUUUCGCCCGGGCCUUUGCCGCCGAGAUCGAGAAAGGACUCUCGGAGGCCGCCGGGACCGGUGCUGCACGGCAGCCUGCGGGUCCCGACCCGCAGGGAGAGGAGCUCCUGGCGGGCCUCGACACGGCCAGGACGUUCCACGGCGUCAUGUCCAGGGUCUUGGCCAAGCAGUUCAGCAUCGAGGAUCCGUUCAUGGCCAUAAACUGGCCAGACCUGGGCGUGGCGCUGUCACGCAUGGCUUCCGACAUGAUUGCAGACGUUCGCGCGUCGCACAGGAACCUGUUCGGCAACCAGUUUCGCCGCAGAGGUGCGUCCGAGGAGAUCAGGGGAGUCAUAAAAAUGAUGGGGCUGGCCCUGGGCGGCAAGAAUGACUAUUUGUAUGUUGGUGGGUGGUUCAGCUGGUUCGAAUGGUACUAUUUUUGUUUCUCUCAAAUGACUGCUGAGCCUCGCGGGUAUGGCGUCCGGGGUACAUUUCCCGGAAUCUUAGGGGCAGAUGCGGCGCAGUACGGGUGCAAGCCGAUGAUAUUGAUUGGCUGCGUCUGCCUCUCCAGCUCCGAGUGCACAAGCGAAGGCGGCAAGACCAUCGACGGCGCCGGCAGGAUCGUCGAGGCGUGGCCGGGCCGCAUCAGGCGAGUCUACUGCGCGCGCGGCUGCCGGUGCGGCGAGGGCAGCGACCACUGCUGCGGCAAGGCGACGGAUAUGAUGUGUUCGGACGCCGGGGACGCGGCGACGCUGGCGGGGAGGGAGGUGGCGGAGUGGGUCGUGAGGAACCGGGACGAGCUGAGGCUGAGCUAUGUCAUCUGGGGUCAGAAGAUCUGGCACGUCAAGAAGGAUAAGGAGAUGGGCUGGGACAGGUGGCGGACCAUGGAGCACCGGGAGGAUGUUACGCAGAACCACUGGUAA